AUGGCUUCCGUCGAGACUCUUCUCCAGGGCGUUACCAUCCUCGGCCCCAUUGAGGAGCACCAGAGGAAGAUCCUGACUCCCCAGGCUCUCUCCUUCGUCGCCCUCCUCCACCGUUCCUUCAACCAGACCCGCAAGAACCUCCUCGAGCGCCGCAAGAUCCGCCAGGCCGAGAUCGACCGCGGUGUCCUUCCCGACUUCCUCCCCGAGACCAAGCACAUCCGUGAGAACCCCACAUGGAAGGGUGCGCCUCCCGCUCCCGGUCUCAUCGACCGUCGCGUUGAGAUCACCGGCCCCACCGACCGCAAGAUGGUCGUCAACGCCCUUAACUCCGAUGUCUACACCUACAUGGCCGACUUCGAGGACUCCAGCGCCCCUACCUGGGCCAACAUGGUCAACGGCCAAGUGAACCUCUACGACGCCAUCCGUCGCCAGAUCGACUUCAAGCAGGGCCAGAAGGAGUACAAGCUCCGCACCGACAGGACUCUCCCCACCCUCAUCGUCCGCCCCCGUGGCUGGCACCUUGAGGAGAAGCACAUCACCAUUGACGGCGAGCCCGUCAGCGGUUCCCUCUUCGACUUCGGUCUCUACUUCUUCCACAACGCCAAGGAGCUCAUCAAGCGCGGCUUCGGCCCCUACUUCUACCUUCCCAAGAUGGAGUCUCACCUUGAGGCCCGUCUCUGGAACGACGCCUUCAACCUCGCCCAGGACUACAUUGGCAUUCCCCGCGGCACCAUCCGUGGUACCGUCCUGAUUGAGACCAUCCUCGCUGCCUUCGAGAUGGACGAGAUCAUCUACGAGCUCCGUGAGCACUCCUCCGGUCUCAACUGCGGCCGUUGGGAUUACAUCUUCUCCACCAUCAAGAAGUUCCGCAACCACUCCUCUUUCGUCCUCCCCGACCGCUCUUGCGUCACCAUGACCGUCCCCUUCAUGGACGCCUACGUCAAGCUCCUCAUCCAGACCUGCCACAAGCGCGGCGUUCACGCCAUGGGUGGCAUGGCUGCUCAGAUCCCCAUCAAGGACGAUAAGGCCGCCAACGACAAGGCCAUGGAGGGUGUCCGCGCCGACAAGCUCCGCGAGGCCCGCGCCGGCCACGACGGUACCUGGGUUGCUCACCCCGCCCUUGCCAGCAUCGCCCUUGAGGUCUUCAACAAGCACAUGCCUACCCCCAACCAGCUCUUCAACCGCCGUGAGGACGUCCAGAUUGGCCAGCAGGAUCUGCUCAACAUGAACGUCCCCGGCUCCAUCACCGAGGAGGGUAUCCGCAAGAACCUCAACAUUGGUCUCGGCUACAUGGAGGCCUGGAUCCGUGGUGUCGGUUGCGUCCCCAUCAACUACCUCAUGGAGGAUGCCGCCACCGCCGAGGUCUCUCGCUCCCAGCUCUGGCAGUGGGUCAAGCACGGCGUCACCACCGCCGAGGGCAAGCGCGUCGACAAGGGCUACGCCCUCAAGCUCCUCAAGGAGCAGACCGACGAGCUCGCCGCCAAGGCUCCCCAGGGCAACAAGUUCAAGCUUGCCGCUCAGUACUUCGCCACCCAGGUUACCGGCGAGGACUAUGCCGACUUCUUGACCUCGCUCCUCUACAACGAGAUCACCAGCGCUGGUAACUCGUUGCCUGCUUCCAAGCUCUAA